CCCUUCCCCUUCCCGUUCCCGUUCCCUCCCGUCGCCGCCGGCGGCGCUCGGAGCCCGUGUCCUGCCGCUCCCGGUGCCGCUCCCCGCCCGCCCGCUCCCGCCGCCCUCGCCGGAGGGGGGGGGUGCGCCCCGCGGGCAGCGCCGUCCCCAUGGUAACGCGCGGAAGGGGCGUUGCGCGGCGCGCUGCGGGGCGGAAAUGACGCGGUGCGAGGCGCGGGGGCGGUGGAGCCGCAGCCGGAGCCGGGCCGGAGCCAUGUCCGCGGGCGGUGCAGCGCAGCGCGACGCCGGGGCCGCCGCCGGGCGCCGCAGUAAGUGGGACCAGCCCGGCCCGGCCCCCGCCUUCCUCCUCCCCGGCACCGCGCCGCUGCCCGGGCGGCCCUUUCCCGGCGGCGGGGAUGGCGGCUCCGCGGUGGCGGGUUCCGAGAGCUCCGCGGCCCCCUCCGGAGCGCUGGAUGCGGCCGCGGCCGUGGCCGCGAAGAUCAACGCGAUGCUGAUGGCCAAAGGGAAGCUGAAGCCGGCGCCCAGCACGGCGGACAAGCUGCAGGCGCUGGGAAAAGGUCCAGCUACAAGUAAAAGCAAAGAUGACCUUGUGGUGGCAGAGGUGGAAAUCAAUGACGUCCCCCUCACGUGCAGAAACCUGCUGACAAGAGGACAGACUCAGGACGAGAUAAGUCGGCUGAGCGGAGCGGCUGUAUCGACCCGAGGGAGGUUCAUGACGGCAGAAGAGAAAGCCAAAGUGGGACCAGGAGAUCGUCCUUUGUACCUUCACGUGCAGGGUCAGACACGGGAGCUGGUUGACAGAGCUGUUAACAGAAUUAAAGAGAUCAUUACUAAUGGAGUAGUGAAAGCAGCUACAGGUUCUAGCCCGACGUUCAACGGAGCUACAGUUACUGUCUAUCACCAGCCAGCCCCUAUUACUCAGUUGUCUCCAGCAGUUGGCCAAAAACCUCCAUUCCAGUCAGGGAUGCAUUACGUUCAGGACAAGUUAUUUGUUGGGUUGGAACACGCUGUGCCCACGUUUAAUGUGAAGGAGAAGGUGGAAGGGCCUGGUUGCUCCUAUUUGCAGCACAUUCAGAUUGAAACGGGUGCCAAAGUCUUUCUUCGUGGCAAAGGCUCAGGCUGCAUAGAACCAGCAUCGGGCAGAGAAGCUUUUGAACCCAUGUACAUCUACAUCAGUCACCCAAAGCCAGAAGGUUUGGCAGCUGCUAAAAAGCUGUGUGAGAACCUAUUGCAAACCGUUCAUGCUGAGUACUCUCGAUUUGUGAACCAGAUAACCACUGCAGUACCCCUAGCAGGCUUCACACAGCCUGCUGCUAUCAACAGUGUACCUUCCCAGCCCUCCUAUUACCCUUCCAACGGCUAUCAGUCUGGUUAUCCUGUUGUUCCUCCUCCUCAACAACCAGUUCAGCCACCAUAUGGUGUACCAGGCAUAGUACCACCUGCAGUACCUUUGGCACCCGGAGUCUUAACAACGCUACCUACAGGAGUUCCGCCUGUGCCAACCCAGUAUCCCAUAUCUCAAGUGCAGCCUCCAGCCAGCACUGGCCAGAGCCCACUGAGUGGUCCUUUCCUUCCUGCUGCCCCAGUUAAAACCACCAUGCCGACUGGUACACAGCCACAAGUCCAACCCCAUCCCCAGGGUCAAAAGAGACGCUUCACCGAGGAGCUGCCGGAUGAGAGAGAGUCAGGACUGCUGGGAUACCAGGUACAGGCUUCUCCAGUCAGAGUGAACUCGAUGGAGCCGGGUCGAAGGCAGCAAGUUCCUCAGGAAAGGAGAGAGAGAGGGACAGGCAGUUGAUGCCUCCGCCAGCUUUUCCUGUCACUGGGAUGAAAUCGGACUCUGAAGACAGAAAUGGUGCGGGGUCUUUACCAGGCAACCAUGGUGAGUGCAGUGAAUAACAGACACUUGUAAGUCAAGUUUCCUUUCCCAUAUGGGUUUAUGCUGGUCUUAGCACUUGUUUAAAGCAGUGGGGGUUCUUUUUGGCUGUUCUUUAGACUGUCUAGAUGAAAAGCAGCUCGUGCUGCCCUGCUCUAAACCCACUGGGAUUAAACACACGAUGCUUCUCUUAGAACCUGAAUAAAUACCUGUAUGAAUGAGGAGAGUGUAAUGGAGUGAAGGGCAGGUAUUUUUUGUCCCAUCAGCCAGCUGAGGCACGCAAUCUCAUAGGCUUGUUUUGUAACACAGAUGUCCUGUGGCUUUACUUUGUGAACAGCUAUCUCUAGAGGCACUAAGGCGUAUCGGUGGGAGUUAUGGUUCAGGUGUGUAUCCACAGACAUGAGUUAUGUCUGCAAACGGCACAAGUUCUCUCAGAUUUCAUCCUUCCUUAGGGCUGGCACACAGCAAGUGUUUGCAACUUGGUAGAACAUGUCAUCACUUGAACUCUUGUGGUAGUUCGGUGCCUUGCAGGGCUGCAGGUACAUCAUGUUAGCCUGUUUAACCGUAGUUUCUCUGCAGUAUUGCUCCCAGAGGUUGUUCUUCUGUUAGCUUGCUUUUGAGCAAAGUUUCUACUUUUCUUGACAUAUUGAUCUCUGUAACGGUGACGUUGCCAUCGCUGACACCCAGUUGCUAACUUUACCUUUCUUGUGUGUUUCUUUCUUCUUUCUCUGUUCUCUUACAUGGUUCUGAUGGAUCACAUGUGCUGUUGCUGCUGCUGUUUCGUGUGGCCUUCGACCUUGGAUGACCAUUGGCCUUGUGACCUCAAAAUGGUGUCCAACUAACGAUUUACAAUUAACGUCUUUUUUUUAUUAACUCGUUUUGGGGCAUUUUAUCUCUUUAUUUUGAUUUUUUUUUUCCCUUCUCGGGGGCUGGGGGGUGUGGGGGUGUUUUGUUUUCCCCUCCUAGAUCAUCAAGCAAAGAAGAUGAAAACUGCAGAAAAGGGCUUUGGCUUAGUGGCAUAUGCUGGAGAUUCAUCAGAUGAAGAGGAGGAACACGGGGGCCAUAAAAACGCAAGUACUUUUUCACAGGGAUGGAGUUUGGGGUACCAGUACCCUUCCUCACAACAGCGAGCUAAACAACAGAUGCCAUUUUGGAUGGCACCGUAAAAGCUGCAGAGAAGAGUUUUCAUUCAUCUGGUUUUUUCCCCCCCCCUCUAGCAAUAAUGCAUGUAUAUUACAGCCUGAACUUUGCAAAUACACAUUGUUUUUACAUUUGCAGAAGCUAAAGGUUCAGUAUUUCCCCCCCCCCGCCUUGAAAGGGCUCCAUCAUUUUUAAACUCCUUAUUUCUGCAGUGAAUCUCUCAAAUAAAACCACACCAUGAAUUGAACUAGUGUUCUGGCAGGGCUAGUCCCUUGUGCAGUGGGGGAAGCACUGUGAAGAGAAGAGAGGGAAGGCUCCAUUUUUCCAGGAUCACUUAAAAAUGGCAAGAGUCAGUCACGCUGCCUUCACCCUCUGCCUGGUGUUUGUGUUCUGUGGAGUGUUCCUGCUCUCAGCGUGUGUUUGCAGCCCUGUGUGAGCUAAUGGUGACCACAGCUUCAAUGUUGGGACUUUGAACCAAGGAAAGGAACAUACAGUCACUCUGAAAAACCUGAGGAUCACGUUUCUUCAAACUCUUACUUUGGUUUUUACUUUGAAAGUAUCUCCUGUAACUCAGCACUGGCGUUUUCUUCUUCGAAACAUGCUUUUACUAACCCACAACUUCUCUUUCUAGCCAGAUGUGAGGGCAGGGGCGCGCGGGUGAGUUCAUCUCGGUGCUGUGGCACUGGUGCUUCAUCUUCUCCCCUCCCUCUGGGGUUGCUCCCAUUCCGCGGUCAGACAGGACUCCUUCUGUGAGCUUCGCCCCAUCUCUUAACUCAUUUUCUUACGUGAUUCCACCCCUUCUGGCUCAUGGUGGGUUGACAAAGUCAAGUGGGCACCAGCCAGGACCGCUUGGUGCCGGCGUCGCUCCUGCCUUGAACCCGGGCACAAGCUCUUGGACUGUUGAUGGACACGAACUGCAACAAGCGUUUUCUUGGCGGGGCAAAGAACUCUUUUUGUACGGAGAAGGGAUGUGACGAGGUGCUGCUCAGCGUUUGAAACGGGAGAAACUGCUUUAAAACGGGGCUGUGUGGUGCUGCUGUGCCCCGAGUGACCGUGCUGCCUCCCUUGUACAAACACUGUCUUUCCGAUGUGUUGUAAAUACUCAGAACCCUCCUUUCAUGAUAAUUAAAAGUAUGAAGAGUC